AUGCUCAAAAAUCGAAGGGUAAAGCGUGACUGUUGUGUUUACUAUUAUUACUGUGAACCACCUCCACCCUCAACUCCACCUCCAGCAGAAGAAGACCCGUGCUGCAUGUGUAGUAGUUGCUGUUGCACAUGUAACGGAAGAAAAAAACGUUCAGGCGACUUCUUACGUAAACGCCAUUCACAACUGCAACAUUCCUUGUACGUUUUGCCGACGAUUGACAAUAUUUUGAAGUCAUAA